GCCGCUAGCCCCGCGCGCCGCCGCAUCAGCAGCAUCAUGGGCUGCUGUACCGGGCGCUGCUCGCUCGUCUGUCUCUGCGCGCUGCAGCUGAUCUCAGCCUUAGAGAGGCAGAUAUUUGACUUCCUUGGCUUCCAGUGGGCACCAAUUCUUGGAAACUUUCUUCACAUAAUAGUUGUUAUUUUGGGUUUAUUUGGAACCAUUCAGUACAGACCACGCUAUAUUGUAGUGUAUACAGUCUGGACUGCCCUCUGGGUCACGUGGAAUGUAUUCAUUAUCUGUUUUUAUCUGGAAGUAGGUGGACUCUCUAAGGAUACAGAUCUAAUGACAUUCAACAUCUCUGUACACCGGUCAUGGUGGAGAGAACACGGGCCUGGCUGUGUCCGAAGAGUGCUGCCUCCAUCAGCUCAUGGUAUGAUGGAUGAUUACACCUAUGUUUCUGUCACAGACUGCUUCAUAGACUUCCAGUACCUGGAAGUCAUUCACAGUGCUCUCCAAAUACUACUCUCGUUGGUUGGUUUUGUGUAUGCCUGUUACGUGAUCAGUAUUUUCAUGGAUGAAGAAGACACCUGUCGAAGUAAGUAAUGAUACUGGUUUUGAAACACUACUGCUGAUCUUGACUUAGAAGCAAGGCACCAGAGACUGUCCCUCUCCAUUCACCAGAUAUUGCAUCUCACCUUCUUCCAGAGAGAGUGAACUCUUCCUCUCUGCCUUCCCAUGAAUACUGGAACUUUUCAG